AUGGAAAAGAUGAAAAUAGAAAUUCAAAAUGCAUUAAAAUAUCAACAAACUGAAAUUCUAACUUCAAAUCAAACGCUUAAUUUAGAAUCUGAACAGAUACAAAAAAGUUAUUCCGAGAAAAAAGAAUUCUUAGCCAAACAAGAAGCUACAUAUUAUAAUUUAGAAUCUGAAUUGGAAUCUAUUCAAAUACAAAAUCAACAAGUUAUAGUUUCUUCUUCUUCUUCUCUACCGAUUGAAAGUAUAACAAAAAGAAAACUUUUUGUCAAAAUUAAGAAUAAAGGAUCGAUUAGUAUUAAAUGUUCUCCUGAUGGUACUUUUAUUAGUUUAUUCAAUCAAUCUAUCAAUGAACAUAUUAAUAUUUCUAAAUGGAUCAUAAAACGAAAUCUUGAUUCAAAUUUUGAAUAUCAAUAUACAUUACCUGAUCAAGUUUUAUUUGAAGCAGGUCGGGAAUUAAGAAUCUAUGCUAAACAGGGUGUUCAAUGUAAUGAAAUCCCAUUAUUUGGUCGUUGUAUUCUUUCAUCAUUACGUCAAGAAUUUAUUAAUAAUGAUAUUGGCUCAUGGGGUAUGUCAUAUUAA